AAAGGGAAAGGAAAUCCAGAUUUGGUGAAGGCAGCCUUCGUAUCAUAUAAAAUCUGUAUUUUUAUGCCCAAGAGAUUGCCAAAUGAAUGACAAUAUGUCCGUCGAGCAGGUGCAGACUGAAGAUUUUGCAGACCUGAAGGCAUUUGAACAGAGGUUGACAGAGGUCGUAGGUUAUCUACGUCCAUACGCAUGGAGAUGGACAGUUGUGCUUAUAGUGAUAGCAGUAUGUACAGCAUGUGGUGCAUGGUAUUGGCUAUUAGAUGAAGAAACAUCCAAGGUAUCGUUCAUUCAAUCUUUGAAGAAUCAUCCUUUCUUUGCUAGCAGUGGUUCUACACUAAUUAUCCUGUUCAUGGCAGGCAUUCAUAAAAGAGUUAUUUCACCGGCAAUAAUUACUGCAAGGUGUAGAAAAGUUCUAGCAAAUUUCAACAUGUCAUGUGAUGAUACUGGAAAACUUAUUUUGAAGCCUCCUCGAAGUGGAAGUGCACCAUACCGACCCAACACUAGAUGGCCAAAUGAUCAACAGUCUGAGCAUACGUCACAUCAACAUAAUCAAUGAUAUAUGAUUUGAUAUUAAUCUUAGAUUGAUCUUAAGACGAUACAUGUACAGUAUUACUGUUGAUGGGUCUAAAGGGGAUGUUGCCAGAAACUUGUUUGUGAUCGAUUACAAAUAUCAAUUCACAAGUCUACAAUUGAUCUGUCUGUGACGAAUUGUCAGCUUUUGCUUUCUUUGCACAAAAAUGAAAAUUGACCAGGAGAUAAUUUCAAAUUUUCAAUUAAUUGCAGGACUUAUGAUUGACUUCUGACCUACAAUUGAUUCACAAUUAACCACAAGUUUCUUGCACACCCCCGGUAAGCCUUUGUGAGACAUGGUGCAACAUAGCUAAGCAACAGAUCCCAGCAACAUUGUACAAAUAAUGCACGUAAGCGUGUGCAUGCAGGGCCAAAUAAUGAACGAUGUGUGAGAAGAGCCAAUGGAUAUAUCGCACCAAGGUCUGCAGGACCGAGUGCAGUAUAUCCAUUUGGCGAGUCGAGUACAGAGUUCAUUAUUUAGGUCCUCUAGACACAAGAAUGCGUUCAUUGUUUGUUUUAUACAACCCCCCUCAUCACCCAUAUUACCAAGUUGCCCUGAAUGCUAUAUUUGAUCUAAAUUCUAGAUUAUUCUAGAUAAUUUCAGACCUAGCUCUAUCCUGCACUCUGACGUCAGAGCGCAGGAUAGUGCAUUUAGGAUGCAAUAGUGCAAUUCGCUGAAUAUAAUGUGAUCUGAUAUGGACCAAUCAGAUUACAGAACAUUCUUGGCAGUUGUAUAAUUUGGAAUUGUGAUCUAGACAUCAAAACACGUCUUCUGCUUGCUUAACAUUAUUUUAUGAUAACCUGAUGAAAUUCUGCUGUCGUAUCAGAAAUUGUGCAGCUUUUCUGGGCAAAUUUACAUCAUUCCUGGGGCCUGUCUUAUAAAGACUCAUGAUUGAUCUGAUCAGCCACAACUACUAUGGAAAGCCAGCAACCUCAACAUCUAGAAUACAUGUUGGUUCAUGAUAUUUUCUAGAUAUGAUGUGUAUUCAUAUUUCUAUACAAUUUCUUGUGAAUUUAGUGUGCUUUUUUUUGUUUACAAAGAAUGUUGCGCAAAUUUCCUGGAGAAAAAAAUUAGGGCAUUGAGGGAUUUCCAUAUAGUUGAGGUUGAUCGGAUUCUAUCGUAAUUCUUUUUAAGAUGUGGCCCUAACAUCAUAAUUAACUCAUUGUGAUACCAUAUAAUAGGGUUCCUACUAUUAAAAGAAAUGCAACUUUAGACGAUUAUUAGCUUUUUGUGUGUUUAAUGCAUGAUGAAGAGCAUGAAGCGACAUAUCUAAAUGUAGCUUAUAAUCUAGGCUAAAGCUGCAGCUUGUGUGUUUGCCUUUACGAGUCUGAUGCAGUAAUGGGAAACGUUGGCAAUACGUAAUGAUACAGAAGACCAAUUGAUUAAUGCACUGAAGCUAGAUGCUUUAAGAAUUUUUUUUAUAAUUUAGUACACAUAAUGGGUGAAUUGUCGCUGCCAUUCAUCACAAUCUACUCACCAAGCAUGCUUGGAAAAAAACACCAUUUGAUUUAUUACAUGCCCCACUGAAACAUUGUUUCUUCUGUUUUGGGAGAAACACCCCCCCCCCCCUGUUGUAAAUGGCUGACACUGACUUGUGAUCUGGAUAACGAGAUGGAAACUUCUUAUGAAGCCAGCAUCCCACCAACUGGAUAAUGAGCAAGUUUUAUGUAACUGUACGAUAUUAUUAGCAGAUCUUUGUGGAUGUGGGCACCGUCUUACUAAGAUUUGUGAUUGAUGCGAUCAACCACAACUAUGGAAAGCCAGCAACUUCAACAUCGAAAUGAAUUUUUGUUCAAAAUAUUUCCUAGCUAUGCUGUUUAGUCAUACAUUUUUGUUUGCACAGGACUUUGUGCAAAUUUCCUGAACCAAAAAUUAAGACGUUGAUGGAUUUCCUUACAGUUGAGAUUGAUCGGAUCAAUCAUAACCGUUUUUAAGACGGGACCUUAGGGAACAUAUGAAACAAAUGAUUUUUUACUGGCUAUUGUAGCAAAUUCUUGCAUCUGAUUGGUCGAGAGCAAUAGGAAUAGGUAAAUAUCGUGACAGAAGCUUCUCAUGAAAGCUCCUUAGUAGAAAUUAGUUCUUUAGCUCUUAAGAAUUUUUGUUAUGGUAUAUUAUAUUGUAUUAAAGUUAUUUCAAAGUGGUAAAUGAUAUAUA